GUAAGGACCUCCGGGGGCGACUCUGAGUCAUUCUCAGUAGGGAUGGGGUUGCACCAGGGGUCUGCCCUUAGCCCUUUUUUGUUCGCCUUGGUGAUGGACGUCCUAACUCAAGGUGUUCAAGAAGGGGUCCCAUGGUGCAUGCUUUUCGCGGAUGAUAUCGUGCUUAUCGACGACACACGUGAGGGACUAAACGAUAAGUUGGAACGAUGGCGCCUUGCCCUUGAGACUAAAGGAUUCAGAAUAAGUAGGAACAAGACUGAAUACAUGGAAUGUCGUUUCAGCGGCCGGGAAACAGAAUCAGAAGUGGAAGUUAGGAUUGACUCUCACGUAGUACCUAAGCCCUCCCAUAUAGUCAUCAUCAUGGCCAAAGAUGAUAGCAAUGAAGAGUUCACUUUUCCCACUCCAAACUCCGACGAUGAGUUUUUUCCUCCACCGCCGCCGGCGUGGUGGAGAACCUCCGCGGCCUCCCACCGCGAGAACCUGCUAACGGCGAAAGGAGGAGAAGAGAAGAUGGACAUGUUGUGGGAGGAUUUCAAUUCCAAUGAAGAAGAAGAUCAUGGAGAAUUGUUGAAGUUGGAAUUUGUUGAAGGUUUGAAGAAGUUGUCUAAUAAACCAAUCAUCAUCAAGAGGCCAAUAGGAGGAGGAGAAGAAAAAGGAAUUUUGGUUUUCAUGAAAGUCUUGAAGAAGAGCUCGAUCGAGAAGAAAUCAAUAAUGGCGACGAAAGUGAGGCCUAUAGACGUGAGGGCCAUGGACGAGCAGCUCGAGCGCCACCUCCAGAAGCUCCUCGCCGCCGGCGGCGGGAGCAGCAGCCUCCCCAAGAUGACGAAGCAUGACGUCCCGCCCCGCUUCUUGACGGAGAACGGGCGGCGCCCGGAGGCGGCGGAGGGGAAGCCCCGCGGGGAGAGGCACCCGCCGCUGCCCGCCGACGGGUGGGAGUUGGACCCCAAGAAGCUCAGGGUCAAAAGCGUCAUCGGUCAGGGCUCUUACGGAUAUGUCUACCGCGGUACCUACGACGGCCGGGAUGUCGCCGUGAAAGUAUUAGAGUGGGACGACGAAAAGAAAAAACGUGAGAUCGAGAGAGAUUUCAUUCAAGAAGUCUCCGUUUGGUAUCAACUUGACCACCCUAACAUCGCAAAGCUGAUUGGAGCCCUGAGGAGUUUAUCACAAGUGAAGAUCAAAUCCAAACACGGCAUAAGGUUGCCAAAGACUGGCUUUUGCAUAGUGGUCGAAUACCUUCCACGUGGCACUCUCCAAUCAUAUCUCUAUAGGAACCGGUCCUCCGAAAAACGUCCCCUAAGCGUUGCCCUUCAAUUCGCCAUUGACGUUGCCAAGGGAUUGAGCUACCUUCACUCCAAGAAAAUAGUCCACAGAGACGUGAAGACGACGAAUCUGCUCCUCGACAAGAACGGUAGGGUGAAGUUUGUCGAUUUCGGGGUUUCUCGGCUCGAGGCGGCCGACCGGAACGAGAUGACGGCAACCACCGGCACGGUGGGGUACAUGGCGCCGGAGGUGUUUGAUAAAAGGGCAUAUGAUCACAAAUGUGAUAUCUAUAGCUUUGGCAUUUGCUUGUGGGAGAUUUACCACUACAUGUUCCCAUUUCCUGACUAUAACCCCAAACAUCCUUGCCCACCUUCUGUCUACAAGGUUCUGAGGCCGGAGAUAGCGGCGUCGUGCCCAUCGGCGCUAGCGAAUGCGAUGACGAUGUGUUGGGACGUGAACUCGAGGAAGCGGCCGGAGAUGGAGGCGGUGGUGGAGAUGCUAGAGGCGGUCAGAGCGUACGAGGAUGCGGCGGCGAAGCAGCGCCUGAAGAAGAUGAAUAAUGUCGCCGGGUUCUUCUGCCUGCAGCCUCGUGCAAAAGCUUCCUCAGAAGUGGCUGCAGCCUAGGGUUCGUUGGAGGGGAGAUUAUAGAUAUGCAUGAUGAGAAGAAUAAUGAAGGAGGUGGAAUGAG